UUCUCUCCCUGUCUCCUCUCGAAACCGACCGAAGCCUUACUUCCAGCCAUGCAGUCUCUGGUGGUGUUCGCGGCGGUGCUGUUCGCGGCGGCGGCCAGACCGCAGUUCGGCGCCUACAGGCCCCUGGGGGUGACCACGAGGCCCUACUACCAGCCGAGACCCACCCCAGUCGUGCCGGCGCCUCUGCUGGCCGCGUCGCCCACCUACCGCCCCGCCGGACCGCAGAUCCUCAUCCUCAAGCAGACCCAGGACCUGUCCCCGGAGGGCUCCUACGCCUACAGCUACGACACGGAGAACGGCAUCUCCGUGCAGGAGGUAGGCACCCUCGCCAACGUCGGGGCCAAGGAGCCGGCGAUCGUCGCCGACGGCUCGUACAGGUACACCUCGCCCGAGGGCAUCCCCAUCGAGGUGAGGUACGUGGCCAACGAGAACGGCUUCGUGGCGCAGGGCGCCCACCUGCCCACCCCGCCGCCCAUCCCGGAGGCCAUCCUCAGGUCCCUGGAGUUCAACGCGAGGAACGCGCCGCUCCAGCAGCAGCCUCAGUACGGUCGCAAGUAGAGACACAACCUGCUGUUUACCCACGAGACCCCCGCAUCAAAGCCUGCCGCUGCUCCCCACUCCCACCCCACGAAGCUUUCAGGUCCACCACCUACCCUCACAGGAAAACGUUGUACAUACGUUUAAUUUAUACCGACUUGCUCGUCGCACUUACUUACUUCUCUCUCGCGGCGACCUGUGCCGCCGCUGAAGUCGCUGUGUUAUGUGUUUCUUAUAGUCAUCAUUUAUAUAACAUAUUCAUGUUUGUAAAAAAAAGAACAAAAAAAUUGAAAUAAAUAUAUUGUUUGAAUAAUA